AUGUCAGCUCAUCCUGACUCCAACCUAUAUCCCGAGGCCAGUGGCCUGGCCAAGGCGCUGGUCGAUAAGCAUCGCGCUGAACAGCCAUUGAAGUUAUAUGCGGGGUGGUUCUGUCCAUUUGUGCAACGAGUCUGGCUUGCCCUCGAGGAGAAAAAGAUCCCAUACGAAUAUAUCGAGGUCAACCCAUACAACAAGCCAGACUCACUACUCACACUAAAUCCGCGAGGCCUAGUUCCUACACUCUCAACACCAGCAGAUCCACACCCACGGCCACUGUACGAAUCCACGGUGAUCUUGGAGUAUUUGGAAGAAGCAUACCCAGACCACCAACCCCGCUUCUUGCCAGAUGAUGCCUACGAGCGUGCCCGCGCACGCAUCUGGAUUGACUAUGUGACAUCUCGAAUAAUCCCAUCUUUCCACCGUUUCCUGCAGUACCAGCCUGCAGAUGGCACUGGGCAGAACGCAGAUGUGGGGUUGGAUCAGGCUCGGCAAGAGUUUUUGAAUCACCUGAAAGCCUGGACCAAGGAGAUGCACAGCGAGGGACCGUUCUUCCUUGGUGAAGAUAUUAGUCUGCCGGAUCUGGUUUUGGCUCCGUGGGCGGUACGACUGUGGGUGCUUGAUGAGUUUAAGAGUGGUGGAUUAGGGAUUCCGAGGGAGGGGGAAGGUGGUCCGGAUGAGGGAGUUUGGACACGAUGGAGGACUUGGCUGGCUGCUGUUGAGAGCAGACGGAGUAUCAAGGAGACUACCAGUGAUCUUGCGCAUUACCUUCCCAUCUACAAGAGAUAUGCGGAUAAUACAGCUCAAACGAUGAGCGUUAAUCCCCUUCGCGAGACUUCAUUGCGUCUUCAGGGCGUAGCGUGGAUCGACAGCGUGCGGAGAGCCCUCAACCUUCCCAUUCGCACUUUUGACACAGCAGUUGGAUAUUACCACCGAUUUCGAUUGGUGCAUCCAGACAAUGAGUAUAAUUUCACAGAUGCUGCGGCUGCGGCUUUGUUCACAGCAUGCAAGAUCGAAGAUACGCUCAAAAAAUCGCGAGACAUUGUCUGCGCAGAGCACAACUUGAAAGUGGCGCCCUCGGAGCACUUAUCGGCUGAUGAUCCUAUGUUCGAAGCCCAUGCGCGCGGCAUUAUCGGUCUCGAAAGACUCAUGUUAGAGGCCUCUGGUUUUGACUUUCGAACCCGGCAUCCUCACAAGACCCUCAUGAAGCUAGGUCGGCAUUAUGGACUGCUACAGAACUCCGAAGUCUCCAAUCUUGCCUACCGCAUUUCGUCGGAUCUUUACCGCACAUUUGCACCCAUCAAACAAAACUCGUCGACUAUGGCCUUUGCCUGCCUUGAGCUUGCAGGACGACUAUUAGACCAGCGCGUCGAACAAGUGGAGUCGGGGCUAGACUAUGCUCAGUGGAGCACCAGCCGAGCAGAAAUAAUGGAGACCCUCUUCGACCUCUUAGAACUCUACACCCACCACCGCUCACUAACCGCCGUCGGCUCGGAAUUCCCAGCAGACCGGUUUCUAAAAGUCCGCAUCCCUCUCAACCAAGAAGCCAGCGAACACAAUAUCCCGCGCUACCACCCGUGGAUCGGCCAGCCACGCAAACCGUUCAACGGCACUAGCGCCAAUGGCCAAGAUACUCCGCGACCUGCCCAUCCCUUAACACCAAUUGCUGCGAACGGGGACCGCCAGAGAACAGGCGAGCGAGGCCGUGAUGCUGCCGUUCGAUUCAUGCUCGAUCCCGCAUGUGCAGAUGAGGAAAGACGACAGGUCGCGGCGUACUUCAAGGUCGAAAUGGAAGAAUAUGAAGUCGACGGGUAA